AUGGCAAGUAAAACCAUCUAUCUAUCUAUCUAUCUAUCUAUCUAUCUAUCUAUCUAUCUAUCUAUCUAUCUAUCUAUCGAUCAAUUUCUGUUCGUAUAUAUCUAUCUUAUUCUAUCUUUCUGUCUCAACCUGUUUAUAUCUAUCUCUUUGUGUUCAUAUCUAUCUAUCUAUCUAUCUAUCUAUCUCAUCUUUUCAUAUCUAUUUCAUUAUGUUCAUAUCUAUCUAUCUAUCUAUCUAUCUAUCUAUCUAUCUAUCUAUCUAUCUAUCUAUCUAUCUAUCUCAAGUCUUUUUAUAUCCAUCUCAUUAUGUUCAUAUCUAUCUAUCUAUCAUAUCUUUCUAUCUUCAGCUGACUAUCUAUCUAACUAUCUAUCUAUCUAUCUAUCUCAAGUCUUUUUAUAUCCAUCUCAUUAUGUUCAUAUCUAUCUAUCUAUCAUAUCUUUCUAUCUUCAGCUGACUAUCUAUCUAACUAUCUAUCUAUCUAUCUAUCUAUCUAACUAUCUAUCUAUCUCGUCUGUUCAUAUCUAUCUAUCUAUCUCGUCUGUUCAUAUCUAUCUAUCUAUCUCGUCUGUUCAUAUCUAUCUAUCUAUCUAUCUAUCUAUCUAUCUAUCUAUCCCGUCUUUUCACAUCUAUCUAUCUAUUUCAGCCUGUUUAUAUCUAUCUCAUUCUGUUCAUAUGACAAUAUCUUCUGAAAUGACCCCCAAUAAUCUCUCUAUCUUAUCUCUCAUAUCUUUUUUCAUAAAUUCAUUAUGUCCAUAUCUAUCUAUCUAUCUAUCUAUCUAUCUAUCUAUCUAUCUAUCUAUCUAUCUAUCCCGUCUUUUCACAUCUAUCUAUCUAUUUCAGCCUGUUUAUAUCUAUCUCAUUCUGUUCAUAUAUAUCUAUCUUCUGCUGACCCCCCUCUCUCUCUCUCUCUAUCAUAUCUCUCUAUCUGUUUUCAUAUCUCUCUCAUUAUGUCCAUAUCUAUCUAUCUAUCUAUCUAUCUAUCUAUCUAUCUAUCUAUCUAUCUAUCUAUCUAUCUAUCUAUCUAUGUCGGCCUGUGUAUAUCUAUCUCAUUCUGUUCAUAUAUAUCUAUCUUUAACUGACCAUCUUUCUCACUCACUCUCUCUCUCUCUCUCUCUUUGUAUCUAUCUAUCUAUCUAUUUAUCUAUCUAUUUCCUUCUUUUUCAUACCUAUCUAUCUAUCUAUUUCAGUUUUUCAUCUAUCUAUCUAUCUAUCUAUCUAUCUAUAAAAGAAGUAGAUAAAAGGCAGACAGCAUAUUUUGUCGUUUCUAAAAAGGCAGACAGCAUAUGUUUCCUUUUUUUCAUAUCUAUCUAUCUAUCUAUCUAUCUAUCUAUCUAUCUAUCUAUCUAUCUAUCUCCUUCUUUUUCAUUCCUAUCUAUCUAUUUCAGUUUUUUCAUCUAUCUAUCUAUCUAUCUAUCUAUCUAUCUAUCUAUCUAUCUAUUUCAGUUUUGUCAUCUUUCUUCUCAGUGUGUUCCUAUCUAUCUAUCUAUCUAUCUAUCUAUCUAUCUUUCUUUUCAUAUCUAUCUAUCUAUCUUCUAUCUAUCUAUCUAUCUAUCUAUCUAUCUAUCUAUAUCUCCUUCUUUUUCAUAUCUAUCUAUCCAUCUAUCUAUCUAUCUAUCUAUCUGUUUCCCUAUUUUUCAUAUCUAUUCAUAUAUCUAUCUAUCUAUCUAUCUAUCUAUCUAUCUAUCUAUCUUUUUCCUCUUUUUUCAUAUUCUAUCUAUCUAUCUAUCUAUCUAUCUAUCUAUCUAUCUAUCUAUCAAACCUUAUUUUUCAUAUCUAUCUAUCUAUCUAUCUAUCUAUCUAUCUAUCUAUCUAUCUCCUUCUUUUUCAUAUCUAUCUAUCUAUCUAUCUAUCUAUCUAUCUAUCUAUCUAUCUAUCUAUCUAUGUCUACAUGCUUCGUUCUUUUUUUCUUUCAUUUUCUUUUCCUUAUUCUUUCAUCUUUCUUUAUUUCUUUCUUGUUUUUCUCUUUCCAGGUCUUUCUUUCUUUUUUUAAUGACAUUACCUGUUCUUUCUUUCUUUCUUUCUUUCUUUCUUUCUUUCUUUUCUAUUACCAUUACCUGCUGUUUCUUUCUUUCUUUCUUUCUUUCUUUCUUUCUUUCUAUUACCAUUACCUGUUGUUUGAUUGUUUGA